AUGUCGACUAAUACGACAGUUAUUGCUACACCUAAUGCCAGUCCCCGUACGCCACGGAAAAUGUCAAAAGUAUUGAUUCCGUGCGCCAGUAAUUGGUAUUUACGGGCACCGCCACCAACAGUACUAUCAACAUCGGKUGACGGUAACAGUAGCUCCGGGCGAUCAUCGAAUGCCAGCUCACCACAGAUAACCACACCAACAGAGUUGUUAAUGUUUGAGAGACCGGAAACACCGGAAAUMGAAAAACUGGAUUUAAGACAACUGAGUCUUGCAUUGACACGACUACUAUACCCAAAGGCUCACGACUUAAUCAAUGUUUUAAAAGAUAACAUCGAAAGGAGAAAUAGCCGCCUAUGGACUGAAACCAUUCAAUCCUCGGGUUUUGAUAUCCAUCGGUACUUAAAGUUAGUCAACAGAGGAGAUCAUCGAUUAGAUUAUACAUUAGAUUUUGUAUCCAAACAUAACAACUCAUCGUUUGAGGAGUUGGAAGAUUUGUGCAAAAAAUUUGCCAAAAAAUUAGGUAUUUCCGAUUGGAAAGAUUUGGCCAACGAAUGUGGCCAACGUUAUGCCCGACAGUGUCUCGAUGACAAUGGGAAAGCCCUACGAUUUCUGGGCGGAACACUUGUCGACUUUAUGGUCAAUAUUGAGAGCAUACACGACUGUACCAGCAAAGCAUACUGUGAUUCACCCAAUACUUUCUGGUCGGCCGGUGUCGAACAGUCAACAGUACCGAUUCGGGUGGCCGUCAAUACCAAUGAAACACAGUUGACUGUCACAUAUUCAACCAGACAGCCGGUGUCGACAUUCGUGUCGUACGCCAUGUGCGGACUGUUUCAUAGUUUUGCCGAACAUAUGUUUCACUUGACAACCACUGUCAGCCAACGUACCACUAAUGGACAGUAUGUGUUUGUCGUUCAUAUCAUCGACAACAACACCGGAGGCACCAAUCAUGUCAACAACAACAACAACGGUGCCGGUAGUAAUGGUAGUGGUAGUGGACUGUAUAAACAUAAUUAUCAUUAUUGUCAAUACAAGAACUCAUUGUCCAGUAAUACUCGUUCGCUAUUCAUGUCAGUCCACACAUUUGCCACAGCCUUUCCCUUUCAUUUCAUAUGCGAUACAAGUCUUCAAUUUGUACAAAUUGGCUCAGGACUAAUGAGAAUGUUUGUCGAUCACAGCAAAGUAAUCGGCGCUCAUAUGUCCGACUAUUUUAGGAUAACUCAGCCGUCCGUCGAUUUCAAUUAUCGGUCAAUUAUUUACACAACAAAUCUUGUGUUUUGUCUACAAUUAUACCGUAAUCUAUCGGACCAUAAAUUAGAGGGAAUGGAAUUAAAGGGCCAAAUGAUUCACUGCAUUGAAUCAAAUUGUUUGUUAUUUUUGGGCGCACCUAUCGUUAAGGGCCUCCAGGGUAUGACAAGCCGUGGACUAUACAUCUCGGAUAUACCUAUACAUGACGCUACCCGUGAUCUAAUACUGAUUGAAGAGCAGUCUCGGGCUCAGGAAAGCCUUAAGAGACGGAUGGAGUAUCUGAAGAAUACCAUACAAAAGGCCAACCAAGCCGUCGAAAGCGAGCGCAAGAAAAAUGUCGAUCUAUUGAAUCUAAUAUUUCCGGCAAAUGUGGCCAAAAAGCUAUGGUUAGGCCAACCGGUUAAAGCUCAACAAUCUGAUCACAUGACUAUGUUGUUCAGCGAUAUCGUAGGCUUUACGGCCAUCUGCUCGACGGCCACUGCGAUGUCGAUCAUCAAUAUGUUGAACGCAUUGUAUACACAGUUUGACGCAUUUUGCGGUGAAAUCGAUGUCUAUAAGACUGAGACCAUUGGUGACGCCUAUUGUGUGGCCUCAGGUCUGCAUCAGGAAAGUUCGUUUCACGCCAUAAGAGCAGCAUUUAUGGCCCUGAAAAUGAUGGAAGCAAUCAAAAAUUUUAGGCCACAGGGACUGGACGUCAAAACUGUUCAGAUGAGAAUAGGACUACACAGUGGCAGCUGUUUGGCCGGUAUUGUUGGCCUAAAAAUGCCCAGAUACUGUCUGUUUGGUUCAAACGUAACUCUGGCCAACAAAUUUGAGUCGUGCAGUGAACCCAUGCGAAUCAAUUUAAGUCCAACCACUUAUAGAUUACUUAAAGACAAGGGUUUCUGUUUUAGUGAGAGAGACCCGUCAUGUAUGCCGAAUGACUGGCCGUCACAUAUGGAAAGAAUCAGUUUUUUUCUGGACGACUAUAAACACCCGUUUCUCAGAGAGGACUUACCGCUGGCGACGCACAUCACUAAAGCAUUGCAAGACUUUCACACCUCAUAAUU